AUGGAAUGGCCUGGAAAAGCCAAGUCUCGCCCUCCCGUUCACAGCCACGGCUACAACGCCUGGAGGGACCCCAUGAAGCCCUCCCAGAUCCUGGCCAAGCUGUGCAAGGAGGGGAAAGUGGACGGGCCGCACUUCGGGCCGGGAGGGAGAGUCAAAGUCGCCAACAGGGUCUUCACCGGCCCCACGGAGAUCGAGGAUGAGAACGGCCAGAAGAAGGCGUCGGACGAGCCGGUGGCGCUGGCGGCCCUGCGGCACUGGGAGGACGUUCCCCGCGCCGGCUGCCGCCUCGUCCCCGAGCACGUGGAGACGCGGCCGCUGCUCAACCCCGACAAGCCGGGCAUCGAGCAGGGCCGCCUGGAGAUGUGGGUGGACAUGUUCCCCAUGGACAUGCCGGCGCCCGGCCCUGCCAUCGACAUCUCUCCCAGGAAACCCAAGAAGUACGAGCUGCGGGUGAUCGUGUGGAACACGGACGAGGUCAUCCUGGAGGACGACGACUACUUCACGGGAGAGAAGUCCAGCGACAUCUUCGUCAGGGGGUGGUUGAAGGGGCAGCAGGAGGACAAGCAGGACACGGACGUCCACUACCACUCGCUCACUGGGGAGGGCAACUUCAACUGGAGGUACAUCUUCCCCUUCGACUACCUGAUGGCCGAGGAGAAGAUCGUCAUCUCCAAGAAGGAGUCCAUGUUCUCCUGGGACGAGACCGAGUACAAGAUCCCGGCCCGGCUCACCCUGCAGGUCUGGGACGCCGACCACUUCUCGGCCGACGACUUCCUGGGGGCCAUCGAGCUGGACCUGAACCGCUUCCCCCGGGGGGCCAAGACGUCCAAGCAGUGCAGCCUGGAGAUGGUGACCAAGGAGGCCGAGCUGCCCAUGAUCUCCAUCUUCAAGCAGAAGCGGGUGAAGGGCUGGUGGCCCUUCGUGGCCAGGGACGAGAACGACGAGCUGGAGAUCACGGGCAAAGUGGAGGCUGAGCUGCACCUGCUGACGGCCGAGGAGGCCGAGAAAUCCCCCGCCGGGCUGGCUCGGAACGAGCCCGAUCCCCUGGAGAAACCCAACCGCCCGGACACGUCCUUCAUCUGGUUCCUGAACCCGCUCAAGUCCAUCAAAUACCUCAUCUGCACGCGCUACAAGUGGCUCAUCAUCAAGAUCGUGCUGGCCCUGCUGCUCCUCGUCAUGGUGGCCCUGUUCCUCUACAGCAUGCCGGGCUACAUGGUCAAGAAGCUGCUGGGGGCCUGAAGGACGGGAGCCUCUCCCACAUCCCAGCCUUUCCCCGGCUCCACGUCCGUCCUUCUCCU